AUGUAUCGAUCUCGUAUGCCUUAUACUCGAUGGCAUGCCAAAGAGGACCUUCUGAAGGAACGAAUGAAAGAGGCAAUGUCUCCGCGUUACUAUCGCAUUCGUAGUGACCUGACAAGCUCAGACGAAUCAUUGGCUACCGAAGGAGACAAACCGUCAGAUUUUUGUGAUGGAAUAAAUGAGAGCACGGUGAAAGUGUCUGCCGAAGAUCGUUUGGAUAUAGGACCCUAUAAGCGAGAUCCAAUCAAACCCAUUCGUCAGCAACGAAAAGAAUGUCAGAGUGCAAACACUUUGCGUGGUUUCGGAUCACAAAGUGAACGUUUUCGUGCAAGCAAACAAAUGUAUGUUCGUCGAUUGGGACCAGGAAUCUAUGAUACAGCAUCCGCGUUGAACAUAAGCAAAGUGGUCAAAAGCAAGGGCCGGUUUGACACCAGUUCAGAGAUUCGUUGUGGACCAAUCAAAACAGGCUACUUAGCAAAUCUCGUAAGAUAA